GCAGCUGGGGAGGCUGUGAGGACUUCAAUUCCCAGGAGACCUUUAUAGGAAAUGUUCCACAGUCACCCGGGUCACCUAGUGGCCAGGUGCAGACCUGUAGCAGGCCCCUCCCUUACCGAGGGCAGUCCCUGCCCUGGGGCCUCCAGAGACAGAAAGAACGGGUGCCGAAAGAAAGUACUGUACCGUCCACAAACAUGGAAGCCUGGGGCCAGUCCCCAGCCUGCUCUAGCUCCCGGAAAGCCAGAACAGGUCCAUCGCUGGCGUCUGUGCUGAACGAUCUCCCCAGCGCUGCUACGCUGCGAUACCGCGGCCCUGGUGUGCUCCCUUGGGGAGCACUGGAUGAAGAUGAUGAUGAUGGAGGAAGGAGCCUUCAGGCCUUUGCAGAAACUGCACAGAUGGAAUCUCACCCUUCCCGGGAACUUCCCUGGCCUAUGCAGGCAAGGCGGGUACACAGGAAGAGCCAGGCUACAGGGCAGCUGGCUUCUGGCUCUGAAUCUAGGGCUGCCUACUGGACCCGACAGCUUUCCCGGACCAAGGGAAAAAUGAAAGAAGGCUUUCAAACUAUACAGCCCUGGGCAUGGACGCUGAAGAAAAUUGGGGGUCAGUUUGGAGCAGGCACUGAGUCCUACUUCUCCCUGCUGCGCUUCCUGCUCUUUCUCAACCUGGGGGCAUCUGUCAUUGAAAUCUGCAUGAAGCUGAUCCCCACCUGGCUGGAAGGGGCUCCUCCAGGUCCCCCUGGCCCUAACAUCUCUUCACCCUGUGGUUCCUAUAUUCUACACACUCAUGGCCUGGUCGCCUUCCCCACCCAGCUUUUCAACUUGCUCUCUGGAGAGGGUUACCUUGAGUGGUCCCCUCUAUUCUAUGGGUUCUACCCACCCCGAUCGAACCUGGCCAUCACCUACCUGUGCUCCGUCUUUGCCAUCGGCGUCAUCUACUUGCUGUGCAUCCUACGACGUUCGGUGUCCGGGUUGAAGGAGACACUGUUGGCGGAGUCAGACAUUCUGACCAGCUACAGUCACCGAGUGUUCUCAGCAUGGAAUUUUGGCCUCUGCGGGGACGUGCACGUGCGGCUGCGCCAGCGCAUCAUUUUGUAUGAACUACAGGUGGACCUAGAGGAAGCAGUAGUCCGGCGCCGUGCUGCGGAGCAGACUCUGAGCCAGCGAGCCAAGGUGUGGUCGGUGAGGGUGCUGCUCAACGUGCUGGUCCUCGCGCUGCUCGGGGCGGCCUUCUAUGGCAUCUACUGGGCCACCGAGUACACUUUGACACUACAGGAGACACCCCUUGUCCGACAGACCCCACUACUCAAGCUUCUGGUGGAUUAUCUACCAUCCAUCUUCAUUUCUCUGUUCAACUUUGUGCUGCCUCCUGUGUUCAAGUUCAUUGCCUCACUAGAGGGCUACACUCAAAGCCGACAGAUCGUCUUGAUCCUGCUUAGGACUGUGUUUUUGCGUCUGGCCUCGCUGGUGUUCCUUCUGAUCUCUCUGUGGAGUCAGAUCACAUGUGGGGGAAACAUGGAGGCAGAAGGAUGCAAGGCCUGCGGCUAUAAUUACAAAGAAAUUCCAUGCUGGGAGACUCGGCUGGGCCAGGAGAUGUACAAACUUGUACUCUUUGAUCUGCUGAUGGGCCUGUUGGUCACGCUGUUGGUCCAGUUUCCUAGGAAGUAAGUGUCCUUGCCCUUCC